AUGGAGAGCAUACAUCCGACAGUAGGCACUGGUUCACGGCAGAUCGUGUAUCAUGUUCUGUUCACCCUGACCGGCGGGAUGCUCUUGGGUGCUGCUGUUGCCUUGAAGCUGCCUCGAAGUUUUCAUCUCGAUGCUGUGAUCUUCUCACUGCUGGCCGUGUUUGGACUGGUCUCCGUCCUGAUGAAUGCGUCGGCCUUCCAACGAGCACGUUUCGACCUUGUUGCUGUAUUCCUUGCUCUUGGGUUUAUCAUUUCUGGACCCUGUUAUCUUACGGUAUACCCACCAUCUCUGAACGACCUGGGAACAGGACUCCGCGAAUACAUCUUCUUGAUUGCGAUGGCCGCAUCCGCGGUGGUCAUAAUGGUGCCUGCCACAGCGAGAGCCAGACAACUAUCCGACAGGAUCACUAGUGAAGAAGGGGCUCUUCCGUCGGAGCCGUGCAAUUCAAGUACAAGCAGAUUAUUGGACUCGAUAUCUUCCGUCAGUCACUUGGACUUUCUCCCCAACCCAGGCUUGAUGGAUCUCAAGUUUAUGUCAGGACCUGGAUCCCAGUACUCAAAUCAUUCAGGCAGCGAAGAGUCUGCAAUCACGCUCUCCUCUGGUCUCAUGCGUGACCCGGGUAAGACCAUGGAAAUCAUUCAGUGGGUUGCGGCUGCAGCUCCACCUGCAUUUGGGAGAAAAGGAGAUCAGACAUCGACCGACCCUGUGAUACAGGAUAUUUCACUUUGA